AUUCAUUCUCAAACUUUCAAAGUAGACUAAGACACCAUGCAUGCUGCUGAUCUAGUAUGUUUAAAGCCUCACAUAAGCUUAGAACCUCCUGUGUAUGGGGUAGCUGAAGGUGACAGUAGAAAGAAAUUAGCAAAGACGUUUGUUUGCUCGCAAAACAAAUUAAAGGAAUGGGACUCUUCGUUUUACAUCGGAGACCUUGGACAAAUUGUACGAAACCUACAACUGUGGACGAAACAUAUGCCUCAAAUCAGGCCGUACUACGCAAUGAAGUGCAAUCCCUCACAACCAGUGGUACAACUGCUAGCGUCGUUGGGUGUGGGCUUCGACUGUGCAAGCAAGUUUGAAAUUGAAAGUGCCUUAAAGUGCGGAGUGAAACCUGAUGACAUCAUUUUUGCCGUACCGUGCAAGAUGUCUUCUCAUAUUGAGUAUGCUUGUCGAAGCGGUGUUCGUACCAUGACUUUUGACAACGCUGACGAGCUGCACAAAAUUAAACGAAUUCAUUCAACUGGGAGGUUACUCAUGCGUUUGGAUGUGACGGAAUUUGAAAGGGGAAUCAAAUUCGGUGACAAAUUCGGCGCAUCAAUGCCAGAAGCCAGGAAGCUGAUAUUACUAUGCAAACAGCUGGACUUAAAUUUGGUUGGGAUUUGUUUUCAUCCUGGGAGUGGAAGCGAUUCUUCCGAAGCGACUAGAAACUGUUUACAAAAGUGUAAAAAACUUUACGACUUUGCAACUUCAAAUGAAGUACAUUUAAAAAUCAUCGACAUCGGCGGUGGAUUCGUUUGUGGCGAAAAUUUUAUUGAGAUAAGUGAAACAGUAACUGCAACUGUUGACAAGCUUUUUCCGCCUCAAACUGGCGUAACAGUGAUUGCUGAACCCGGUAGAUUCUUCGUGAAAAAUGCAUUCGCCUUCGUAACAUCUGUGCAUGGUAAAGCGCUCGUUAAUGACCGAGCAAAGUAUUACAUAGGAGCUGGAGUUUUCUCAACAUUUUGUAUGACGCUUUUCGAAGAAUUUGAAAGAAUCCCAGAAAGCUUGUCUCGCAAGGCAGAAAACUGUGAGGUAUAUGCCAGUAAUGUGUACGGUCCUACGGGCGCAGGCGUUGAUAUUGUAUUGAACAAUAUUAUGUUGCCGGAAGCUCGGAUUGGUGAUUGGUGGUUCUUUGACAACAUGGGAGCUUAUUCUUCGUUAGUUAGCAUUGGUUUUAAUGGCUACAUGGUUUUAAAGACGGGGUUCUACAUCGCACAGGAUAUAUGGAACGAUAUCGCAGAUAAACUAGACCCCAAGUCUCCCUUAUUUGGGCAAUAUCAACAACUUGAAACAAUUGGCACUGGAAAAACUUUGGAUUUUGUUUAACUAAAUGUUCUAGAAAAUAUAAUGGUAAAGUGGGGGAAGAUGGGACACUUACGCACAAAGUGCCCAAUAUUUUCAAAAUCAAAAUACAUGACGUUUAUGGGUGAAACCACGAAUUAGUACAAUCAUUCCUUCAUUAAUGACAACAUAAUAUAUAUUAAACCACACAAUGCGUUAUUUAGCAAUUCGCACAACAGGUGUAAUUUACAAAUUCGAAAACGCACAGGGUAAGACGGCACAGUCAAAAAUCAUUGUUAAUUUUUAUUAAAAAGUGUAUUUAUUAUUAGGAAUACAUCUAAAUAACACGAAAUACUGUACGCUUUAAAAAUUAAAAAAAAAGAAUCACCUACAAAGUAACAUACAUAGCAUGAGGUAAUUAUCAUUAAAUGGGGGUCCGUAAAAAGAAAAUUGAAAAAAGUCUCGUCCCAUCUUGUUCCACUCUACUAUAUAUUUAAAAUAUUGCAUUUCCUUACUUAACUGCGUGGUCGGAAAUUAUCUAUGUUAUAUUUGUAGUUUAGCAGCCACAAUUUCAUUUGACACUUUUACUCAGGUAUAAGGUUUACUGGCGGCGUGUUUUAAACAGUUGUUGUAUUUUUGGUAAUUUCCUUCUCUUUUUUGUAAUAUUUAAUCAGAUAUUCGUUACUGCACACCACCAUGGUACUCUAAACACUAAAUUUGUUAACAUUGUGUGAUGUUAA